AUGACCACCGACAAACAACCCACCGAAGACCUCGAAUUCGAUACCGGCAUAAAAGCUUGGCUCCAAGUCCUAGGCGCCUUUUUCCUCUGGUUCAACUCCUGGGACCUCAUCAACACCUUCGGCGUCUUCCAGACCUUCUACGAACAAUCCAUCCUCUCCAACCACUCUCCCUCAGCAAUCGCCUGGAUCGGCUCUAUCCAAUCCCACCUCCUCAUGUCCGUCGGCGUAAUCACCGGCCCCCUCUUCGACCUGGGCUACUUCCCAUUCCUCGUCCCCUUCGGCAGCUUCAUGGUCGUCCUCGGCUACAUGAUGACCUCCCUCUCCACAAAAUACUACCAAAUCAUGCUCGCCCAGGGCCUCUGCGUCGGCAUCGGCACCGGCUGCCUCUUCGUCCCCUCCGUCGCCCUCCUCCCCCAAUACUUCCGCCAAAAACGCGCCUUGGCAAACGGCAUCGCCGCCACGGGAGCCAGCAUCGGCGGCGUCAUCUACCCCAUCAUCUUCUGCAAGCUCCAACAAUCCGCCGGUUUCCCCUGGGCGACUCGCGCCCUCGGCUUCGUCUGCCUCGCCACAUCCUCAGUCUCCAUAGCAUUCAUGCGCGUCCGCGUCCAACCAAGCACGAAACGCGCCCUCCUCCAACUCUCCGCCUUCAAAGAACCGCAAUACUCGCUAUUCUGCCUCGCCAUGUUCUUUGGCUUUCUAGGCUUCUACAACUUCCUCAGCUUCGUCCAACCAUGGGCCUUUGAUCAAGGCAUCGCUUCCGAAAACCUCAGCUUCUACCUCCUCCCAAUCCUCAACGCCGCUUCAACUUUUGGCCGCGUCACACCAAACUUCCUGGCCGACCACGUAGGCCCUCUCAAUAUGCUUGCCCCUGCAGCUGGCAUCACGGCCCUGUUAGCAUACUGCUGGAUUGCCGUAAAUUCAACAGCCGGCAUCAUCGUCCUGUCCAUCUUUUACGGCUUCUUUUCUGGAGGCUUCGUGUCCCUUCCCCCAGUCGUCAUGACAGCUUUAACCAAGGAUCUCAGAGACCUGGGAACUCGCCUCGGUAUGUUCUUUGCAGUCGUGUCGUUAGCAUUGCUGGUUGGCACACCAAUAGGCGGUGCAAUCCUCACAGGCUCAAACAGCUACCUCGGCGUUCAAAUAUUUUGUAGUAGCUGUCUUGCAGUCUGCUUUAUUAUUACAUGCUCCAUUAGACUCUUACGCAGCGGUUUCACUCUCCGUUACCGAACAUGA